UUAGUUGUGAUAAAUGUUUGAAAACAGUUUCCAUCCAAACAUUGUUCAAGUGCAAAUCAUCUGUAAUUUCAGACCAACCAUGAGAAGUUUAUCAUCAUUCAUUAUUUUGUGUUUCGUCUCAACUAUCAAUGGAAAUCCUUAUGGUGAGAAAGUUUGGUCCCAAAACCAAACUUUUAGUGUUUUUAUCAUGAGACCUUUUGUAGUUAAUGCUGAAAUUAGAUUUAUGGUUGAAGUUGCAGAGUCCUAUAGAUCCAGAGCUACAUCAUAUGAAUAUCGGUUCAAAUUUGACCAAUUUCCACAGCUUGAUAAAACCAUCGUAUCACAUGAGUCAAUGACAACAUACGCAGUAAAAUUUGCAUCAACCUGUGAAUCGAAAGGUGGCAACUAUACAGUACAAGUUGACGUAUGGAAAUUACAACUCGGGGUCCAAACUCAUUCGAUAGGAACUAUUCUUUAUACCAUGGAGGUUACAGCCUGUGACUGGAUUUAUAUUGAACACGAUGGGCCUGUUACCCUUGACUUACCAAUCACUUUCACAGUUAAUAAUCGAUAUACAACAGAUGAUCCAUCAUAUGAAUAUCGGUUUAAAUUUGACCAAUUUCCUCAACAUGAUAAAACCAUUGUUUCAACUUCACAAGCUGUAUACUCAGUGACAUUUGAUUCGUCUUCAACACCGAAAGCUGGUACCUACACAGUAAAGGUUGAUGUAUGGCAUUGUCGUCACGAUGUCCCUUCGUAUUUGUUAGGAACUGUUCAUCGUACUUUCGAGCUUUCAGAUUCACUCAUUGGAAUCAUAGAUAAAAACCAAUCAGUUAACUCUGAUAGUUUGAGAAAAAAUAUUGUGACCACUGCAAGGCUGGUUGUGCUGACUGCCUAUAUUUUUGAUUCUACUGAGUAUUUUACCGGACGAUAUGUUGUCCCACCAGCCAAUAUAACAUACAAAUGGAUUAUCAAUGAUGAACAACAAGAAGAAAGCGAUAGUGUUAUUGAACAUACUUUUUCCCAGCCUCAACUGAACAACAUUUCAGUGAUUGUUACAGCAACUAAAACCAACGGAAGUCGUCUUAUACAAAAAUCUGGUACAUUCAAACUUACAUUGAAAAGUAAAGAUCCAAUUACUGAUUUGACUGUUGAUGGUCCCACCGAGGUUAAAGUGUUUGAAAAACUUCAACUAGACUUCAAAAUUCAUGGAGGAACGCCUCCAUUUCAUUAUCGUUAUCGUUUGUCGAUGGAAGAACCUUAUAUCGAAAAUGAAAGUGUUGAAAAAGACACAAAUGAUAGCUUCUUCUCAAUAUCUAAUUAUUUCAGCGAAAAAGGAACAAGAAGUUUAUAUCUUUUUCUUGAAAAUGAUGUAUCGAUAAUUCGUCAAAUAUUCAACAUUUCAGUGUAUUAAAGUAAUUUCUCGCCAAUUCUAUUAUGUUAUCUAAACUGUAUUUGGUUGAAAAACUUGACAAUUGAUUAAUUGGUAAUAUCAGAGCGUAUUAAUUGGGUCAGUUUAAAAUAGUGAAUUUGAAAAAAUUGUCGAUAUCUAUCGCAAAUUUUGAAAACAGGGUCAGAGGGCACGACUUCCCGGAUGACCUAAUAUGAAAUCCUAAGUACAUAACGGCAAC